CUUAUCGAUAAUGCAAUGCAUACCUGCCUAUGUACAUAUGGCUAGCGGAAUUCCCGUUGCGGGGAUGUACCUACUUACAUAAAUGUCACGCAUCCCAAGACCUUACUGCAUGCACUAAGAUAGCGAUAACCAUAUUCUCUAUACAUCCUAGCUGCAGCUGUCACCAUCUUCACUCAUCCUUUACUUUCCGAUGUUAUUGACUCUAUAAUUUACGAAUCACGUGUUAGCAUUGAUAUUCUAAUAUGUCUGCCUCUCUGGCGCCAGAGUGUAACGAAGUAAAGGAGCGAUACGACACUUGCUUUCUUAAGUGGUAUAGCGAGAAAUACCUGCGAGGCAAUGGCAAAGCGGACGAUAAUGAGUGCGCUAAACUUUUUAAAGAUUAUCAAAAAUGUCUCCAGGUCGCUCUUAAAGAACGAGGUAUAGAUAAGCUCCUGGACGAAGCAAGAGAAGAUAGCAAAGAAGGCAACGCUCUUCAUAUGAAAAGGAAAUGACGAAACCCGAGAGACGACCUCAUUAACUGGGCCGUAGAAUGUGCCGAGUGUCCGAACUGCUCCAUUAGAAAUGAAUAGGUCAUUAGACUAGGAGCUGAAAUGUUUGGGCUAACUGCAUAUGAGUCUCAGCCAGCCAGUCAAUGCAGCCAAUGUUAUCCUUCUAAAUCAACCCCGCGGUUCUUUGCUCGGCUUUUACCAACCGAGCUCAGCCUCACCGUGUCCUAGCUGAAGUGACGAUCGCUAGCAAAAUGAGACCAACAGAUGAAAUGAGAUGCAGAACAGGGCUAUUACAGCGAAGCGAGGUAACCGUAAUAACUUGGCGGGUUAUUAGUGUAUGUUAGGUACAGAGGAGGUAGCUUAGGAAAAUGGGGGAUGGGGGAUGGGGGUAAGGGCUCGUAUUCAGUACCCUUACCUAGGCACCUUAGGUAGAUAACCCAGCUCCAACUAUUUAAAAUGUGUUAAGGCCCCUCUCGAUUAUCUCUACUGAUUUCUCCCAUCUUGUGUAAGCUCUUUGUCUUCCGUGAGUAUAAACAACUUUCAACUCAAGGCUUGCACAGCACGUUAGGUUAAUAAUACCUUGGAAGUGGUAGGUUGAAAUAUUGAGCGACAAUGUAUUAUUAUAACGUUUUACAUUCCGUAUAUAAUA